AUGCCUAGAGAUCGAUUCAACAUGAGCCCUUAUCAUCCGUUACCACUCACUCUAAAAGACCAACGCACACUCUUUGAGCUCGAAAAAGACCUGGUCGAGGACACUUUUCGCAAAUACGAAAAGUUUGUCAUGAGCAACUCGCAAGUGAACACAGCUCGCUGGAAACACGUCAAGUCCAAGGACGACCUCCAUAUUUACGUGAAACGCACCAAGGCGUCAACUAAAAAAAAGAGGGGCGCUCAGCAGUGCUACCGACCAACGGACGAUACUCGUCUGACGAAACCCAUAGUGAUCAGUGUGGGAACUUUCAAAGGACAGUUGGACGACCUCAUGUUCGGCACUGUGAAUCCGACCGACGACAUCAUGAACGUCAAAGCCUCGUACGUCCAUGACUACAGUGAUGGAGCUGUACUAGCCACGUUGGUAAAACCUACAGCAACUGACCCCUUCCGCUCCGUGACGGUCAAGUGGUUGCAAAUUGAUUUACCUCUAAGCUACACAAAGUUAGUCAAGGACCGGGAUUUCCUCUGUCUUGAGGCGUCGGGUAUCCUGCAUUUUGCAAAUGGUGAACGGGUUGGCUACCUGAUGCUGCACUCAAUUGACUCACCAUUAGUACAACCACUGCCGAAUGUUGUGCGUGCGAAACACACUAUUACUGGUUUCUUUCGACAGGUCGCCCCAAAUGUGAUUGACACGUUUGCUUUUGACUCGGUUGAUCCCGGUGGUAGUAUCAUGGAAUCGCUUUUGCUGCCCAUAUGUGCUAAUGCGCUUUUGUCAGCUACGAACUACGUAAAGUGUGGACAGAUGAAGAAACUGACGUGGAUGUUGCAACAACGCCAGGCAGCACUGCGUGUGGGCAACGUGGCCCCGGUGUUACCUCAUGAAGACGUUUGCGUCACAUGUAACCGUGACCUGCAACAAAGUUGUAUACAAAAUUGGUGGAAGGAUAAAUGCACAAUGUGUUUGGGUGGGUUGUGCUCGGGAUGCAAGGAAGUAAAGACAAUUAGUUUUCUUUCACCGAAUCGAAAGUUACUACGACACAAGAUCACAUUUUGUAUUGCGUGUGUUACUAUGGGCACUCGAGUGAGCGCUUUGGAUGCAGCACGCGACCAAGCUAACGGUUAUCAACCAUACAGUAGUUCAUAG